CUUGGAGAAAAUUACCUUGACCUCGUAUGACUUUAUCACUUAAUCGACCCUCACACUCACUCUAAUUUUACUCAACAAAAUAAAAAUAAAUCAUACUCUUUUUCGUCAUACUUACAUCUAUUCUUUUUUCUUAUUUUUAUAAUGAAGUUGAUGAUUCAACCUAACAUAUCUAGCAUACUGCUCAACUAUGGGCUAGUUUAGAACUUAUUUGUACCAAACGGAGCCUAGUGGCCUCACACUUACAUCCAUUCUUGUUGUUGACUAUUUGGGAGAGACGGAGUACAAUCAUAUAUUUGGUGUAUACAAUUUGAAAUGCACUCACUCUCUUUGAUGUAAGUUGAUAGUUGAUGAAUGUCAUUCCCUCACUCUCCCAAAGCACUCGCACUCAAAUCUCAACUCUUCUCUUUGGCACAAAAGACCAAGAAUCCAUUCAUUGCCAACAAACUCCACGCACAAAUCAUCAAAUCCGGUCUCAAUCAUCACCAUCCCUUCCCCAAAACCCUCAUUAACGUAUAUGCCAAAUGCGGCCUCCUCCAACAUGCACUCAAACUGUUCGACGCAUUGCCUCACCGAGACCAUGUUGCUUGGGCCACAAUCCUCUCCGCCUGCAACAGCUCCAACCUCCCACACAAAGCCUUCUCCAUCUCACUCCCUAUUCUCCAACAAGGGUUGCAGCCAGACCACUUUGUUUUCUCUUCUCUCAUCAAGGCUUGUGCUAACUUGGGUUCUGUUUAUCUCAAGCAAGGGAAACAACUACAUGGUCUUUUCUUGCUUUCUCCGUUCUCUGAAGAUGAUGUUGUUAAGUCUUCGCUUGUUGAUAUGUAUGCUAAAUUUGAGUUGCCUGAUUAUGGGCGUGCUGUAUUUGAUUCGAUUUCUGAGUUGAGUUCGGUUUCUUGGACUGCAAUGAUAUCUGGGUAUGCGAGAAGUGGACGAAAGGUUGAGGCUAUAAAACUGUUUAGACAGUCUCCGUUUAAGAAUUUGUAUGCUUGGACUGCUUUGAUAUCUGGGUUGGUUCAGAGUGGGAAUGCAACUGAUGCGCUUUACUUGUUUGUUGAAAUGAGGCGUGAAGGGGUUAGUAUAGCUGACCCUUUAGUUCUUUCAAGUGCGGUUGGUGCUUGUGCAAAUGCAGCUGUUUGGGAGCUAGGAAAACAGGUGCAUGGUGUAGUCAUAUCCCUUGGCUAUGAGUCAUGCUUGUUUAUAAGCAAUGCACUUGUGGAUAUGUACGCUAAAUGCAGUGACCUUGUUGCUGCAAAAUAUAUAUUCUGUGAGAUAAGAAGAAAGGAUGUUGUUUCUUGGACUUCGAUAAUUGUUGGCACUGCUCAACAUGGGCUGGCAGAGGAGGCAUUGACUUUGUAUGAUGACAUGGUUAUGGCUGGGAUUAGGCCAAAUGAGGUGACUUUUGUUGGGUUGAUCUAUGCCUGUAGUCAUGUUGGUCUAGUUAAAAAAGGUCGUGCUCUGUUCAAGUCUAUGGUUGAAGAUUUUGGAAUUAGGCCGUCUUUGCAACACUAUACUUGUUUGUUGGAUCUUUUUAGUCGAUCUGGGCACCUUGAUGAGGCAGAGAAUCUCAUUAAAACAAUGCCGUUCAAACCCGAUGAACCUACUUGGGCUGCUUUACUUAGUGCUUGUAAGCAGCAUGGUAACACUAAGAUGGCAGUUAGAAUUGCUGAUAAUCUAUUGGAUUUAAAACCAGAAGACCCUUCCAGCUAUAUAUUGUUAUCUAAUGUAUAUGCCGGAGCUGGAAUGUGGGAGAAUGUUUCCAAGGUGCGGAAGUUAAUGGCGGUCAAAGAAGUUAAAAAGGAGCCAGGUUAUAGCUGCAUUGACUUGGGAAGAGAAAGCCAGGUGUUUCAUGCCGGAGAGGCAUCUCAACCAAUGAAGGAUGAGAUACUAGGUUUGAUGAGGAAAUUAGAUGCAGAGAUGAAGAAAAGGGGUUAUGUUCCUGAUACUAGUUCAGUUUUACAUGACAUGGAUCAACAAGAGAAGGAAAGACAACUUUUCUGGCAUAGUGAGAGGUUGGCUGUGGCCUAUGGGCUUCUUAAGUCUGUUCCGGGAACUAUUAUACGUAUAGUAAAAAAUCUUCGUGUUUGUGGAGAUUGUCACACUGUGCUGAAGCUCAUCAGCACUAUAACUAGUAGGGAAAUUUAUGUUCGAGAUGCCAAAAGAUAUCACCAUUUUAAGGAUGGGAAAUGUUCAUGCAAUGACUUCUGGUGAGUUGGGAGAAUUUCCACAGAUUUGACUUUGAACCAAGGCCCUUACCGCGCGAGGUUCCGAACACCACAUUACAUGCUAUUGAGAGCCAAAUUGGGUGUUUAUAUGUUAUAACUUAUAAGAACCUGGCCUAUGUUAUUAUGGGUAUGCAACCUUGUGCAUGACCAGUACUAUUAAUUUGGAAUGAUACAUGUGCUCAAGAGUUGAUAAAAAUUUGUGUUAAUGUUAAGGGCCAUCUUGUUUUGCAAUAUUUUAUGUGUUAACUUAUGUGUGCAAGAGCUCAUGCUGGUUCAUGUUCUUUGCUUCCAUAUGUCGUCGCAGGAAGAAAGACUGAGAAGAGCAUCAAAAUUUAGGAUUAAGUUCUUACUCUGAUUCAAGAAAUCGAUAUCAGUAUUAUUUGAUAUUUUUCUACAUUUCCCCCUUCAGCUGCAUAAUGUUCCGAGUAAUUCUUGAAAAGAAUUGGUGAGGUAGGUGUAAUUGGUACUCUUAUAAUUUUAUACCUUUUCUUUUGUUGA